AUGAUUGAGUGUGUUGCUUCUUACGACUUGUGGAUUUGGCAUUCGUUUUUUGGUCCCGCUGGAUCAAACAACGAUGUUAACGCUUUGAAUCAGUUGCCAUUGUUUAAUUCCUAUCGUAAUGGAACCGCACCAGACAGUUCAUUUACCGUAAAUGAACAAAAUUACAAGCGUGGAUAUUACCUUACCGAUGGAAUAUAUCCUAGGUGGUCUACGUUUUUUAAGGCAUAUCCCCAUCCAGUCGAAGAGGAUGAGAAGAAGUUCAAAAGACUCCAAGAGGCGGCAAGAAAGAAUGUUGAACGGGCUUUUGGUGUUCUCAAAGGGAAAUGGAAGAUUUUGGAGCGUCCCCUCCGGUUCACGACAAAGGAGAAGAUUGGGAAGAUCGUCACUACAUGUAGUAUAUUGCACAACAUGAUAAUAAAAGACGACGGGAGGGCAAUAUCACCGGUUCGUAUUACGGAUCCACCCGCCCCUAUUGUUUAUGACCAGAACGUGCUGAGGGAGUUACAUGACGAAGAAGUCCAUCAUCGCCUCCGGUGUGAUCUGACAACGCACGUAUCGGGUUUGGAUUUAGCAUACCUUGACAACCCACAUGCGCAGCCACCACCAAUUGAGGCAUUGAUUUAG